ACUUAGCGGACAUCGCCUCCUCGAGCAAACACACAGUCCAGGUCUCGCCUGUAGCCAUGAAUACGCUGGCACCCCGUCUUCCCAUCGAGGUGUGCGAGAACGUCAUCGACCACUGUAUCAGCCGCGUGGACGCAGAACAUCACGAAGACGUAUUCGAAUCCUACGGGGCGCUCCUGGCUUUCUCGCUCACCUGCCGGAAUCUUUUACCUCGCAGCCGCCGCAAUCUGUACGCGGUCGUGAUGUUUACCGGUAGCGACCAGGUGGACGCACUGUGUACGACUCUCACCCGCCCCAGAAGGGCUGGUUGUUCGAUUCCUACUGGAUAGCGGCGUGCUUGCAUCUCCAAAACCCUCGGACGUUUGUGUUUACGCUCCCGGCGGGCCCGCACUCGGGCUCAAAUACCAUACGGUGCACGCCGGACUGGUGGAGGCAGGAAAUACAGGCGCGGCUCAAGUCGUCGAAGGUGCAGGUGCUUGUCGAACUUACCGCAGAUAACGUAGAUACGUUGUGGCCAUGCCCCUGGCUAGAGGAGGACGCAGAAGACUGGCUGGGCAUCGACACCUGGGAAUAUCCUGAGUACAUUCCAGUUAUAACUUACGCUUCGCCGCUUGAGACGGAGGAGGAACUUCAAGGUUACGACUCCGAUAGCACGACGUCUACGGACAGUGGGUCGGAGCUGUUAUAGAUGGCGCCAGUGUAGACAACGCCUUGCCAUUCUUCUCCGGGAAAGUUCCUACUAGGAAAAUGGAGCAAACUAUAGCGCAUUAGCAUGUGCGGGACGGGCAUGAUGGAACACGGAACGAAGGGACAGUCCACAUCGAAAGCCAACGCAGGUCGCGGUCUUCCGCUUCACUGAUUCGAAAUGAAUGCACUAUAUUCAG